AUGAAACUGUACAUCAAAGAUCCCAGAACAAGGUCCAAAUUUCAACUGAAUGGAACCGUCAAUGAUACCGUCCGGGAUUUGAAACACCAUAUCGUUAAAAGUCACAAGUUAGUGUGUCAUACGGAUGAAAUAAGUCUCAUAUAUUCAGGGAAGCUUUUGCAGGAUGAUGCAACAUUGAACUCGUUGCACUUAAAGGACAACGCACAAAUUGUAAUGCUCAUACGACGUAGGCCAUCACCGAUUUCAGAUAAUGAUAAAAAGAUUAGACGACUAGUCGAACUAGGGUUUCAAAGGGAUAGCGUCAUCGAUGCGUUGGAGGCUCAUAAUUACAAUACAGAAGAUGCAUUAACAGAGUUAACCACUGUUACUGAAUCGCAUACGAUAGAGAGUGACCCGACAAGACUCUUUGUAGAGGUCACACUAGAAGAUCUCAUUGCAUUGAGACAAAUCAAAGAUGGAGAUACCGAAGCAAUACGACCAUUAAUUACUAGCCUCACCGAGAGGUACCCUCAUUUGGCAAAUGAUCUACAAAGUGAUCCCGAUAAGUACGUCAAUAUCAUGUUGAAUCUUAUGAACGAUACUGUAAGUAGCAAUGCCAAGGAAUUUGAAGCCAGCGAAAGUGAGAGUGAGCAAGAUUCUGCAUAA